GGGUGGCCAAUCAGAGAGCUUCUGUGUGCUUCAGGAAUAAUCUCAUCAUGCAGGCUGAUCUGAUGGCCUAAUGCAAUUAGACGUUUUGUCACACCUGAAAAGAUAUAUGUGAAUGAAACUAAAUUAAAUUAAACUAACAUUUUCCACUCAAGCACAAAAAUAAUUCAUAAUAACAUGAUUUAAAAUUUUAACUCAAAUAUUUUUAUCUUUUAAGCAGUUAUUAUGAGAGUCUUUUGGUGAUAUAAUUUAUGUGCUACUACUUUUACUAGACGUGUAAAUAUCACUUAUAUUUUUUUCAUGCACUACAUUAAUUUCACAUUUAUUUGUUUGGGGAAAAAAAAAAUCCAAAAUCAUCAGUUCCACAUUUACUGGCCUUAUUGUGCAGAUUUAUUUAUUUUUUAUCACUUACACACAAUUUUGAAGAAACACUGCAGUUGUCAAUUGAUCAACCUAUGUACAGUCUGUUUACAAUUAUCUACUUACUCAUUGUCUGUGACCUUUGUGCACAGUUCAUCCAAAUAAACAAGCAAACACUACGCCUGACAUUUAUAGCAAACAAGUCAGAUAUGUCAUCUAAAGCAGUUGGGAUGGAUAAUAACAAGAUUCAAAAUUGCUCAAGGAUCUAACAUUUAAUUUAUGUCAUUACUUGUUAGUUUAAUUUAACUUUUAUGCUGUAAAGUUUGCAAAACCUCACAUUGACCUUUUAUUUCUUUGCCAGGAAAUACCUUGACCAAAUAACCAUGGCGAACUCUUUCACCCGCAUGAUGACUGGUCGUAACACAGCAGUGAUGAUGGCCAUGGGAGCCGGCACUUUGGCAUCUGCAUUUCUCCUCAAUGAUAACACUGCUGCAGCUGAAAGGAGGAGGUUCUAUCCCCCAAGUGCUGAUUACCCUGACCUGAGGAAGCAUAACAAUUGCAUGGCAUCAGCAAUGACCCCGACCAUUUAUGCUCAUCUGAGGGACAAGGCAACGCCCAACAAUUGGACCGUGGAUCAGUGCAUCCAGACUGGAGUGGACAACCCCGGACACCCCUUCAUUAAAACUGUGGGCAUGGUGGCUGGGGAUGAAGAAAGCUACGAGGUGUUUGCGGAGCUCUUUGAUCCUGUUAUUAAAGAUAGACACAAUGGAUACGACCCUCGUACCAUGAAGCACCCCACUGACCUGGAUUCUUCCAAGGUCACCUCAGGAAUGUUCGAUGAGCGCUACGUGUUGUCAUCCCGUGUGCGCACCGGGCGCAGCAUUCGCGGACUGAGCCUUCCACCUGCGUGCACACGGUCCGAGCGCCGCGAGGUGGAGCGUGUGGUUGUCACAGCCCUUUCUGGCCUGAAAGGAGAACUGGCCGGCCGAUAUUACAGCCUGGGAGAAAUGACUGAGAGAGAACAACAGCAGCUUAUCGACGAGCACUUCCUGUUUGAUAAACCUGUAUCACCUUUGCUCACGGCAGCUGGAAUGGCCAGAGACUGGCCUGAUGCUCGUGGUAUCUGGCACAACAAUCAGAAGAACUUCUUGAUCUGGAUUAAUGAGGAGGACCACACGAGGGUCAUAUCCAUGGAGAAGGGAGGAAAUAUGAAGCGAGUGUUUGAGAGGUUCUGCCAAGGUCUCAAAAAGGUGGAGCAUCUUAUUCAAGAAAGAGGGUGGGAGUUCAUGUGGAACGAACGUCUGGGAUACAUCCUGACCUGCCCCUCCAACCUGGGCACGGGGCUCAGGGCUGGAGUGCAUAUUCGCCUGCCGCUGCUCAGCAAGGAUCCCCGCUUUAAAAAGAUCCUGGAGAACCUGAGACUACAGAAGCGAGGCACAGGAGGCGUGGACACGGCUGCCACCGGAGACACCUUUGACAUCUCUAACCUCGACCGUCUGGGAAAGUCAGAGGUUGAGCUGGUUCAAUUAGUGAUUGAUGGUGUCAACUAUCUCAUUGAGUGUGAGAAGAGGCUUGAGAGGGGUCAGGACAUCAAGAUCCCUUCCCCAAUCGCUCAGUUCAAGAGGUAAACGUUUCCUCCCUUGGCAUUGAGGAAGAACAUUUGCUUCAGUGGCUCAUUAUUUAAUCUUCUGAUAUUCAUGACAUGUAUAAACUCUGUUCUAACUUUCAUUGGCAAUACAGCUGCUACAUGUACAUGGAUCCUGAUUAAGAAAAAAUAAAAUAUUUAAAAUGAACAAAA